UUAGGAAGUGGUACAUAUGUCAACUCUCAUACUAACCCUUUCUGUUGCGAUCCUCAUCACUUCAAUUAUGACUGACGACGACUGUUAUAAAUAUAGUAAAUCAGAGUUCACCACGAUUGUCGAGUGCAAGCAUGGAUGCGAAUAUAGUUUCAUCAGCAAAGGAAAAGUUUUCAAGCGAAUAUCCGGUGGAUGCUCAGCAGUCAAAGAAACCGGCUGUCGAAAGGGAGAGAAUGAAGCAACGGUUUGCACUUGCAAAGGGGAUCUAUGUAAUUUGAGUGGAUAUAUAAUGGAGAACUCCGAAUCAAAUGAAAGUUGAUUGGAUAUCCUGUUGAAGAAUCUAUCAAAACGCUAUUUCUAUAUGACGUUGCG